GCGGGGCUGUGUGAGGGCUCCGGGGCUGCGGUGACGCCUUGGCCUCUCCAAGCGUGACCGCUGCCCGCGGUCCCCUGGUGAGCAGGAGCGGCCGGUUCCCCGCAGGGACAGGGCCGGCUGGCUCCCCGGUCCCUCAGUGCCGCCUUCGUUCCUAGGGAUGCUUCAAGCAGCACGACCUGCCCUGCUGUGCGAGGGACCCACCCAUAAAACCCCUGUGCCGCCGGAGGGUCGGGCUUGGGCCCGGCACGGUGCCUAGAUAGCGAGCAUACCAGAUGUCAUUUCACUGCAAGUAGCUUUUUUUAGCUGAAGAAACCAUGAGCCUCCCCCAUGUUUUUGAUGAUGAAAGUCACACAGAAUUAAAGCUUCAGCAAGAGCAAGAUAAAUCAAACUCCUUCCCCAUUCCUUCGGUUUCCAAGCGGAUUGUGCUUGGUGAUUCUGUGUGUAACAUGACAGGCUCGACUGACCAUGCAGGCAGCAUGGCAGAGCUCAGAGGGGACAAGGACUUGUUUGGUAAAGCCCCAGAGCUGGUCACCGAGGGGACAGGCGAGCUUCGUCACCGUCACAGAGGAGAGCUGCCCUCUGAGGCUGCACCACGGCCACCAAGACACGGCUUGGAGCAGUAUCUGUCCAGGUUUGAUGAAGCUCUGAAGCUGAGGAACCAGCUGAUGAGUGAGAAGCCAAGCCAAGAGAAUGGGAAUGCGGCGGAGGAGUUUGACUCUUUCCGCAUUUUCAGAUUGGUGGGAUGUGCUCUGCUUGCCAUCGGGGUCAGGGCUUUUGUGUGCAAGUACCUGUCAAUAUUUGCACCAUUUCUUACUCUACAACUUGCUUACAUGGGACUGUCCAAGUACUUUCCAAAGUGUGAGAAGAAGGUGAAAACGACAGUACUGACUGCUGCUCUUCUCCUGUCUGGAAUCCCUGCAGAAGUGAUCAGUCGCUCCAUGGACACCUAUAGCAAAAUGGGAGAUGUUUUCACAGACCUUUGUGUCUAUUUCUUUACUUUUAUUUUUUGCCAUGAACUUACUUUGGUUUUUGGCUCUGAAGUACCGUGAUGGCUGUAGAAUUCCACACAGUAGCUACACUAAAACUUUCUGGACUGUGUUCUUUUUAACAUCUGACUGUGCAGGCAGGUCUAAACCUUCAUUAAAAUUCUUACCUGUUGGAAUGCUUGAAAGGGGUCUUAAUGCAGAAAUUUUGGAAAAGGAAGAGCAGGGUCCCUGACUGCCAGUUGUGUUGGCUCAAUUUAUUUAAAUACUGUGUCUGCGUAUUACAAAUGUGAAGGCUAGGAUGCAAGUGUCAGUCGAUGGUUUAUUUGCUUUAGUUAGAUGAUGCCCUUCUCAGCCUCUUUCAUAAACAUUUACAAAGCUGCCUUUGUUCUUUUCAGUGAGAACAAGAAGAGAAAUCCCUUCAGCAGAACCAUAUAUAUGUGUAUAUCCUGUAUGACUAUAGCUAAUAAGACCUGCUCAUUUUGUGGUGGUUCCAUUUUUUAAAGAAAGCUCUAAAGAAAAGAAAUUCCUGUAUUCUCUUCAAUGUUCAAGUUCAGAAUGUUGAACCAAGAAACUGCUUCUGGAGAAUGUUGGUGAAACUUGCCACUUUGUUGUCCUUAUCCUUGCCUUGCUAUACAUUACUUGUUGUGAUUGUAAUUAAUUUAAUUUUAUGAUUAUUGUGGAAAAGAGAUAAGCAAAGCCAACAAGGUCCUGGUGUUUAUAAAAGUAAUUAAUCAAAAAGUAAGAAGAAAGAGAACUAAUCACAUCUCUUUUUGAGUUUCCAGCAACCUAAUUGUAGUGCAGCUCACUCACACCUGUGCUUUCUGAUAACUUUUUUUUUAUGUUAAGAGUUCAUCUCAUGAAAAAUUUUAUAUAUUGGCACCCAAUCUGCAGUAUCAAAUCUUUGCUCUAGUGUUUGUAAAACUUACAAGGGAAACAGUUUUGUUUUCAAUCUCUUAUGAAUUUUGCACAGUGAGAGGAAGGAAGUGUCAUUCCAAAUAGUCAAUUUAAAUGCUGAUAAUUUCUGAAAAUCUCUAUUGAAGCUAAAUUUGGUAGUGUUUUCAGCUUGUAGUUUUCUGUUUAAAAUCUGGGUUUUCAGGUAGUACAGGCUGAUGCCUAUUUUUAGCAUGGUAAACGACAUAAUUAACUUGGUAUUUGCCUGCAGAGGGUUUUUUAGGGAGCAGAUGUGUUUGAUUGUACCUCUCUAAAUGGCCCAGCUUUCAGCUGAUUAUUCUCUGUUAAUGCAUCCUUCUGUAAUUUUAGUGAUGCCUUUCUGACUUUUAAAUUAGAUACAUGUUUGUGCCCUGAAUACAAGAACCGUAUGUUUUGAUUUGACCAUUUUCAUGGGGUUUUUUUAAACUGGUUUUGUUACAGUAAGUAUUAUAUUGCAGAUGUACAGGGUUGGGCUGCAGAAAAUUCCGACUUGGUUCUGUUAGCGCAGAUAUUGAUUUAGCAGCUUCAAAUUUAUUUCUAUUAGUAAUCAGAGAAAAAUUAAAUUAUGGUAAUUUAAGGUUGAGAUAUGUAAAUAAUGAGUUUACUCAAAAAUUACUUGUUCUUAUUCUGUAUUUAUAUGCCCAAAUGCAAUACAAAUACAUUGGAAAAAUCCCUAUACGAGUACCUGCAAAAAGAAAUGGAUUUUUAAUCCUCAACAUAAAAACUUUAAUCGGGUAAAUACUCUUGCAUGGGCAGAGUACCAGGAGGUGCUUGUGUUUAAUUAAGAAAUCUGGAUGAAGAAACGGCGAUCAAGAAACGACCUUUGACCAAGAAAUCAAUCUCUUUUAUUCCGUUUUUACCUUGCCUCUGUUGGUGUACAUAGUUCUAUUUAACGUUUAUUGCCAGACCGAUUGUUUUCUAUUAAAAGCCUAUUUGUUACCCGC